GGGCCGGGUCGGCGGCGGUGCCAUGGGGCCGCUGGGCGCCCUGGCGCUGCUCGGGGCGGCGGCGGUGCUGUGGCAGCUGGGCAGCGGCAGCGUCCUCCGCCGCCGCCUCCACGCCGCCGGCUUCCCGCAGCGGCGGCUCAGCGGCGGCGAGCGGCGCGACGUGCAGCGGGAGAUCCUCGCCGUGCUGGGGCUGCCGGGGCGGCCGCGGCCGCGGGGCCCCGCCGCCGCCCGCGCCCCCGCCGCCGCCGCGCCGCUCUUCAUGCUCGACCUCUACCACGCCGUGGCCGGCGAGGAGGAGGCGGAGGAGGAGGAGGCGGUGUCCCGGCCCGUGCUCACCGGCCUCAGCACCCAGAGCCCCCCGCCCGGCAGCGUCGUCAGCCGCGCCGACACCGUCGUCAGCCUCGUCAACGUGGUGGAGCAGGACAGGGACAUCUUCUCCCCGAAGCCCUACUGGAAGGAGUUCAGAUUCGACCUGACGCAGAUCCCCGCGGGCGAGACGGCGACGGCCGCCGAGUUCCGCAUCUACAAGGCGCGGGGCGGCACCCGCCACGCCAACAGCACCCUCCGCGUCAGCAUCCACGAGGUGCUGGCCGAGCACGCCAACAGGGAAUCGGACUUAUUCCUGCUGGACGUGCAGGACCUCCGGGCCGGCACCGAGGGCUGGCUGGUCUUCGACGUCACGGCCGCCAGCACCCACUGGGUGGUGGGUCGGAAAUGCACCCUGGGGCUGCGGCUCUACGUGGAGACGGACGAGGGGCACAGCGUGGACCCCGGGCUGGCCGGGCUGCUGGGGCGCCGCGGCCCCCGCUCCAAGCAGCCCUUCAUGGUGACGUUUUUCCGGGCGAGCCCCGGCCCCGCGCGAGUCGCCCGGGCGGCCAAGCAGCUGCGCAAGAGGCAGCCCAAGAAGACGAACGACCUCCCGCAUCCGAACAAGCUGCCGGGGAUUUUCGAUGAGGCCCACGCCGCCGAUGGCAGGCAGGUCUGCCGGCGCCACGAGCUCUACGUCAGCUUCCAGGACCUCGGCUGGCUGGACUGGGUGAUCGCCCCGCAGGGCUACUCCGCCUACUACUGCGAGGGCGAGUGCGCCUUCCCGCUGGACUCGUGCAUGAACGCCACCAACCACGCCAUCCUGCAGUCCCUGGUGCAUCUGAUGAAGCCCGAAGCGGUGCCCAAGGCCUGCUGCGCCCCGACCAAGCUCAGUGCCACCUCCGUCCUCUACUACGACAGCAACAACAACGUCAUCCUCAAAAAGCACCGCAACAUGGUGGUGAAGUCGUGCGGCUGCCACUGACCCCCGUGCAAGGCGCCUUUCGCGGGCUGAAUCGUAGCAAAAGCCGGAAAAGUCAAAAUAAUUAAUAAUAUUAAACCCUCACGACCCUCCUUCCCCAGACUGGAUGUAAAUAAUAUAAAACUUUUAUUCUCUUAUUGCACUUAAUGAGACAAACACACACACACACACACAUAUACAUACAUGCAUACAUACGUGUAUAUAUACACACACACACAUAUAAUAUAUAUAUAUAUAAUAUAUAAUAUAUAUAUAAAAUAUAUAUUUUAUAUAUAUAUAUAUAUAGGGGAGAGAGAGAGCACGUUUGUGGCUGGUUACGUGUCAUUUUGGGCCAUGGCUCCUGGCUUUUCCCCGGAGCCGCUGCCUCGCCGGCUCCUGCAGUCUUAAUUAUCGCUGGCGCAGCCCAGGCUGCCGGUAAUUAGGGCCGGGGAGGCGGCGGCGGAGCUGCGCCGGGGUUGAGCUGUAUCUAGCCGCUGCCUAACCCGGCUCUGACCAGUGCUUCUGAGUCCCUGCGUGAAAACACCGCCAGCCAAUUAAGCAGCCGGCUGACUAACCCGCUCCUGUUUACUCAAAGUUUAAAAAAACCUCAGCCAAUUGGAAAAAAAAAAAAACAAGGCAAAAAAAAAUGAAGCCGCAUUGAGCUACGACACUGUUAUAAAAUAAACGCCUAGUUUGGCAAGUAAAC